GCUGUGAUCUGGUUAUUCUGGGGAAGCCAUCGCAUGGACUUUCCGGAAUGGAGUUAGUUACUAAAUUGUCGAGGCCAUCCCUACCGAUCGGAUCUAACAUACCUUAAGUAAUUAUCGUCUUAUACAGGAUAUUAACCAAUCAUAUAUUUCCUAUUUGUCUAUGGUAUCUAUCUAUAUCCUCAAUUCUGGGUGUCGAUAAUGUUGAAGUCUGGGUUUUCAACUUGUUUAGGGUAACUAUAUGAUAUUGCGAAAGAAUAAGAUCAUGACUCAAGUAAGGUAGGCAACUAUCCGGAAUUGUGAGUAUAAAAAAGUAUUUAAGGGGUUUGGUAUCUCUGCUAAGCGUUCCUCAUACUUGGAGAACACAAGACUAUAAGCUACAAGCUGCAAGCUACAUCCAACGAUAACUCCAAAUCUGAGUAUAAUUCAAAGCAGUCAAGUCGUCCAAUAAGUUGAAACCUCAAGUUCAGAAGCAAGCUUCGUCCAAAUCUUUCAAAAUGCCCACUACCAACCUAGAGUACCCCAAGCAGCCUUACAACAAGGUCAACCGAUAUGAUUCUCGAGCUACUUAUGCCCUAGAGACUAUCCACCAGAUCGUGAACUCCUGCCCCAUCCUGCACGUCUCCUUCUCCGUGCCCGACUCCCCCUUCCCCACAAUCCUCCCCAUGAUAGGGCAGAUGGGCUCGUUCGACCGGCCCAGCGCCGACACGGGGGACGUGCUGGAGCUGUAUCUGCACGGGUACGUGUCGUCGCGGCUCGUCAACCUGUCGCGGAAUGCCAGCAGCAACGACGACGGGAAAGAAGGUGAGGAGGUAGGGCUGCCGAUAUGCGUAGCCGCCAGCCUCGUCGACGGCCUGGUCCUCUCGCUCACGCCGAACUCGCACAGCUACAACUACCGCUCGGCGACGCUCUUCGGGCGCGCGACGCUCGUCACCGACCCGGACGAGAAGCUCUACGCGAUGCGGCUGAUCACGAACUCGGUCGUGCGCGCGCGCUACGAGCACACGCGGACGCCGCCCAGCGCCGCCGAGAUGCAGAGCACGGGGGUCCUGCGGGUGCGCGUCGCCGCGGGCAGCGCGAAGCUGCGGACGGGGAUGCCGAGCGACGACAAGGCGGACACGGGCAACGACGCGCUGCUGGGGCGCGUCUGGACGGGCGUCGUGCCUGUCCACUACACGCUGGGCGAGCCGAUCCCCGGCCCGUACAACAGGGUGCAGGAGGUGCCGCCGUAUCUGAGGGAGUACGUGGAUGAGACGAAUAGGUACGCUGAGGAGUGGGCUGUCGAGGAGGCUACGAAGCCGAUGGUGGGGAAGACGAAGCUCGAUCGUGAGGACGACUAAUUGACGAGUGCUUAUUUCCACGUCGCUAUGGUAAAGCGGUGUGUCUAGGUUGAAGCUGCUGGUUAUGAUAUUGGUUUCGUUGUUACUAAAUUACUACUGGCUUUAGGAAACCAUAAGUUAAAUGAUACACCUAAGAUUUGGUGUCUGCGAGUCCCGUCCAUUCACAAAGUUGGAACUUGACAUGGAUAGGUAGGUUUAUAUGUGCGUGGGUUUAAGUGAGACUGCCAUCCGAGUAAGUCGGCAUGCUGGUUUCUAAAGCCGAAACGGGUGGAGCUUCGUUUUCCUGACGACCUUAGUUAGCUGUAUCUAGGAGGACUUGCCCUCUGUAUAAGUCUACAUAAAUCAUUAAGACCUAGAAUUUUCCC